AUGCUCACCUCUUCGCCAGCAGUUAAAUCUGCCAACAAAGCUUCUACAUCUACACUUGCUCGCUCAGUUAGCGCCUCAUACGAUAUCCCAUCUCUUUCUCCAUUGCUCCAAGUUCUCCACUCGAGUCAUCUUAACCAAAAUCAGCGGGAUUCGGUAUGGAGGGUGUUUGAAGAUAAUAUGUAUUCAUUAUACGAAAACUCCUCUUUUGGCUGGGAUCCCGAUUCGAAACGUAAAGAGCUAUUCGACAAGCUUUCCCGUUUCAUUCUUGUCUACAAGGAAGGCAGCACUGAGCUUCUGGCCUUCGUCAUGUUUCGAUUUGAGUUUGAGGUGGACGAAGAUGUAAUAUACUGGCAAGUUGCAUCCUCUGCUCAAGGAGUGAGCCUCGGUCGACGACUCAUAGGCGAGCUAGAGACACUGUGCAGAAUGUACAAGAUGAAGAAGAUCAUGCUUACUGUGUUGAAGGCAAAUUCCAGAGCGUUGGAAUUUUACAAAGCCGUGGGUUUUACUAUGGAUCCCACCUCACCUGGUUAUGUGGACAGUGAUGCAGAGGAAGAGUCAGAAUCUGGGUCAGAGCAAGAAAUUGUUGACUAUGAGAUAUUGUCUAAAUUGAUCCUUCCUUGA